UCUUUAGCUAACAAAAGCAAAUACUUCGCCCAUUCUUCCUUUCCUCAUUCCUGUCCCUCUAGUCCUAGAGCGGUAUAUCUGUAGUGAUAUAGAGAUGACCAAAAUGUCCAAUAUGCCUUUGAUUUCUUUGUUCAUAGUCAGUUGCUUAAUGGCUGCAGCCUCAGCUAGUAACUUCUACCGAGACUUUGACAUCACUUGGGGCGAUCGCCGAGCUCAAAUCCUAAAUGGAGGCCAACUUCUCACUCUCAAUCUUGACAAGGCUUCUGGGUCGGGUUUCCAAUCCAAAAAUGAGUACUUGUUCGGCAGGAUCGACAUGCAAAUCAAACUUGUGCCUGAAAAUUCAGCUGGCACCGUCACUGCCUACUACUUAUCUUCGCAAGGUCCAACUCACGAUGAGAUUGACUUUGAGUUUUUGGGAAACUUAUCUGGAGACCCUUACACACUCCAUACAAAUGUCUUCAGUCAAGGAAAGGGAAACAGAGAACAACAAUUCCAUCUUUGGUUUGACCCCACUAAGGCCUUCCACACCUAUUCCAUCGUUUGGAACAAGCAACGUAUCAUUUUCUUAGUGGACAACAUUCCAAUCAGGGUGUUCAACAACUUGGAAUCAACUGGUGUCCCAUUUCCCAAGAGCCAACCAAUGAGGAUUUACUCAAGCUUGUGGAAUGCUGAUGACUGGGCAACUAGAGGUGGGCUUGUCAAGACUGCGCUGCUGAAUCUCUCUCUUAUGCUGGAUGUCCAUGUCCUUCCAAGCAUCAUGGAAAGGCUCACAGACAUCCCUAACAUGGAUUCCAACGGCACUAUCGAACUAGGUGCCAUAGUUUCCAAUUGCCUUCCAAGUACCUCCACGUUCGUCAAACAUGGGGUGAUCUUUCCUUCCUUUGCCACUCUGGCUGCGAUUUCGUGA